CACUCAUCUUCACUCUUGCUACAAAGCAUAAACCUCACCUAAACAGUAUUCGUUAAUCCAAGUAAUGGCAGUAGGUGGAAAGGUGGCUUUGAUGGUACUGUUCUGCUUGAUGGUAGCAACUGCACCACCGUACACGGCGGAGGGAGCGAUGACCUGCCAGAUGGUGGUGAGUAGCCUAACCCCGUGUGCUUCCUACCUCACAAGAGGAGGUCCAGUGCCAGCCUCAUGCUGCAGUGGGAUGACCUCACUCUACAAGGCUGCAACAACCACCGCAGACCGCCGGAUGGCUUGCCGGUGCAUGGAACAAGCUGCCGGAAUGGUCCCUGGAAUCGAUCUUAAUAAUGCCGCUAGCCUUCCGGGGAAAUGCGGUCUCAAGAUCUCCUACAAGAUCAGCCCUACUACCGACUGCUCCAAGUUGCAAUGAGUAUAGGAAUGUGAAUGUAAGCAAAGCAGGAUGUAGAUACCGUAGCGAAUAAGGAUGCAGAUAAUCCAAUACUCGUAUCUCCUGCAAGUUUACUCUUAGCUUAUGGAUGCUAUGGUAGCUCCCAUUUUGUAUGUCCGUUAUCGUUGGUUGUACUUGGUGCUUGCUUUUAUCGUCUUCAAUGAAUAUCGUCCCUUUGUCAACGUUC